AGGCAGGGAGUGUAUGUGAGGAAACAUAUAAACCUGUGUAUAAGGACAGGCAUGAGAAAGAUAGAACACAGACAAAAAACAACUGUGUCACAUGAGGAGAGAAGAUACUGAGAGAGGAAAUAAACAAAACCCAGAAACUGCACAGAAAGAAACAAAAAGACAAAGCGAAGAGACAGGCAGGACUGGAGGAGAGCAAGAUGAACUCACUGAACUGACUGCCUCAGGAGCAGACCAUAAGCCCAGCUGGGAGAUCCUGUCCUGCCACUGCUUUCUAGGAACUGCCUGACCCACAGGGCUGCCUGCAGGGGAUGUGCCCAGGGGCACGGGAUGAAGGCUGUUGGAUUUCUUCUGCCCUCUGGGCUGCUGUUUGUGCUGGGCACUGCACUAUGGGGUAGGAGAGGAGACCAAUCCAUUGUGAAACAGGAGGGACACCUACCUCAAAAGGCACCCUGGGUUAUGCACCUAUCUGGUUCUGUGGGGCACCUACCUACAUCAGCUACUCGGACUUCAUACAGUCUAACCGCUCCUGACCUCUCUGCUAGAACCUCCAGGAGACUAUAUAAAACUAUAUCUGGCCUCUCUGCUGGAACCUCUAGGGCAGCAGUUAAUGAGACUGCUCGUGGACUCUCUGAGACAACCUCUAGGACACAAUAUAAUAAAGCCAACCUGGGACUAUUUGCCAGAGCCUCUGGGAUACAAUAUAAUCAUUCUGUUCUUGACCUGCUCAGUACACAGACUAACAAUACUGCACGUGGUGUCUUUAGGGCACAAAGUAUUGAUGGAAAUGUUAGGACUUCAAAACACUCCCCUAGUGUGAGCUCCAGCACUCAAUACAACCAAACUGGUCAUGGUCUGUACACUGGGACUGGUGCUAAUACCUCUUCAAACUUCAAAGGGGAUGGCAACACUGGGAAAGCUGGCCCCCUGAAUCAGGGCAUCUACUGGACGGAGGCUUUGGAACAGGCACUGCCCCAUGGAUUUCCACAGGUGGAUGUUCUGCACUGGCAGGAGUCUGCUCGUUCUGCCCAGAUUAUCUCUCUAGAGUGGGGCUGUGGGCGCAGCACUAACCGCGUAGCCACCUUGUCAGAUGGUAGCCGUGUGUGUGUGCGCUAUGGGAUUAACCAAGAGCAAAUCCAGGGAGAGGCUCUUUCCUUCUAUUUAUCACGCUUGCUGGGACUGCAUGGGGUGCCACCCUGUGUGCUCUCCCGUGUGGGUAGCUCUCAGUGGGCACCAGUACUUACAGAGCUAGGGUCUACAGGAUGGACACAGGGAGCAUUGGUGACACUUACCCCCUGGAUUCACAACCUAACCAUGGUAGUGCCACCACAGGCCCUGCAUGCUGACAGUGGGCACCUGAGGCCCCUGCAUGAGGAACUUGAAGAGGGCUAUGAAUGGGUUAAAGAUCUGGAUAUUGCAGAAAGAACUUCAGACAGCCCUGCCAGGGACAAACAUAUUGAACGCCCUGCAAGGGUGGGAGUGAUAGAUUUGGCUCAGUGGGCAGACCUCAUUGUAUUUGACUAUCUGACUGCCAACUUUGACCGUCUUGUGAGCAACUUGUUCAGUCUUCAGUGGGACCCACGGAUUAUGCUGCGUGGAACUAACAACCUACACCGUGCCCCUGAUGGGACUUUGGUGAUGCUGGAUAAUGAGGCUGGCUUGGUACAUGGGUACCGACUGAGGGACACCUGGGAUAAAUACAAUGAACAGCUGCUGGCCACAGUGUGUCUGUUCCGCAGGGGUGUGAUGUGGAAGUUGAGGGAGUUACACAUUGCACAGAGCGCUGUGCAGGAGCUGCACAUACUGUAUCAGCGUGCUGAGCCCCUGGCCGCAGAGCUGGGCUUUCUUACAGAGGCUCAGGGACAGAUCCUGCAGGACAGAGUGGGGAAUGUGUACAAGCAUGUGCUAAAUUGCCAGGACAAGUACAGCUGAGGACCUCUGGGAUGUGCAGUUUGAGCCACCGCUAAGACAGGUGCACCUGAGGGGACACAGGAAAAACUAGUCAGUGACCUGAGGGGACAGAGAGACAACUAGUCAGUCACCUGAUGGGACAGAGAAACAACUAGUCAGUCACCUGAGGGGACAGAGAGACAAAUAGUUAGUGAGUGUUACCACUAGAACAGGUAUCACAGAAAGUAUUGCCAGAACCAUUUGGGGAGUCAGGUGCACUAUAAGCUUUUCCAGAGGUAGUUUCAGCAGCCAAUAGUAACAGGUGGGCAGAGGGGGCAGAGAGGAGCCGUGAGUGGCAGCAUGCCCAGGAUCAGAAGGUUAGAGAGGGGUGGCAGAUGAAGAGAAGGAAUUUGGAACAUGAAGAAAGGUUUAAGUGGGCAUGUUGGGUGAGAGAUAAAUGUGUGGCUAUUAAUAUAGGUAGCACUGGGUGUUCUUUGUAAUCACUGGGCAGCUAUGGUGUGUAGCCAGUCAGCAGGACAUGUAGGAAUUGACAGGGACCUCUAAGAGGGGUAUAGCAAUGAUUCAACUCUACUUAGCUGGAUAGCCCAGAGGUACAGCUAUGAGCAAGCAAUAAAUCCCACAUCUGGCAGUGAGGGGUACACUAGCACACAGGUGUCGCUCCUUGGGCAAUUUCCUUCUCUUGUAGCGGGCUCAGUUUAGUGCACCCUGACAGGAGCGGGACCGGCAUUAGGAUCAAAUCAUAUCACUAGGAGGUCUCAUCCCCUCUCAGACAAGCAUUUUACUGAAGCUUCUUCUGUUAGUUCCUAUAUUCCAUUUCCCAAUUCAAAGCCAAUGUUAUUCCAUCCUAAUGCCCACGCCCUGCUCAGAGCCCCCGCUGCUAUUCCUACACAGACUGCAUCAGACCUGUAAGUUUUAUUUGCCCCUCAUUAGAAAAACAGGACAUAAAUGUAUUACCCAGACCUGUGAGUAUCAACCGCUCUACAAGGAAGGAUGCAAUUGAGGGCUUAGAAUAUACAUGGGCAUCUAUUACCCCCAAAAGGUUUCUUGUUGAAUCUGCAGCAUUUGGAAAUAUAUGUAAAACACUAUAUUAUCACUAAAAGGCAUCACUCCCUGCCACACCAGUAUCUUUUAAAAUAAGUCACUCCCUGCCACAUCUGUAGUCAGUGGUUUCAUUUCAGUUGUGUUCAGACUUUCAGCACUUUUUCUUGAUGUAUAUGAACAUUACACAACCCAUAGUGUACUUUUUAGGGAACACAUGAUAUUAGGAUAUUUUCAUGAAAAGGUUACUAUUUGUCUUACACUGGAUAAACACAUUUUAUAGAGGUAAUUUAUCAAACUGAGGUGUUUAGAGACAUUUAUGGAGAAAAUUGCACAGAGCUGUUUUAGAUAAAUUUGAACCUUUGUUGAAUUUACCCUUUGACCCUAAAGCUUUGGACCAACAGCCACAUCUGACAACCAGACGCCUCCGGAUAGUGAGUUAGCUGGGAAAUAUCUGCUAGUUCACUGGAGAAUAGAUCUCCCCAAAUUCCCAUGAAAUAGUUUAUUACUGGAAUUUACUUUCUUUGUAAUUUCAAAUAUUUUCCCAGGAACAAUUUAAUAAAAUCUUAGCUAAACCCAUUGACAUAAUGAGAUAAAGAAGAUGCAAAGUCAUUUUAUUGCUGUAGGUUGUGCUGAAUUUUCUGUGAAUCCUCCCCCCAGUCUGCAACAAUGUUCAGUUUAAUCAUCAGAAACAAAAUAAGCUGUUAGAGGCUGAUAACUGUAGGACCUCAAUGAGAUAACGUAGCCUGUCCCAGCGGCUCUGCACAGUUCUAACUGUAAUCUGGCUCCAGCUGAAUAACAAUUGUAAACAUUUUUUAUUUAUUUUUUUGCUUGAAAAUGGUAAAAAAAUAAUUCAGGCAAAUACUUCCAAAUAGUCAACCCCCCCUUCUCGAGACCAAUACAGCAAGAAAAGGCAAUAACAUGAGAAUGUGGGCUUUUAUCCAAUAAAGGAAACUGAGUCAAAAGCCAAUAACAAAAGUGUUGUUAAAGUGAGGUUGAUAUAAUACAUAUGAAAGAGCACUAAUAAUAAACAUAACUGUUGGUAAAGGAAGUUGCACACAUGUAUUGGACGGCAGGACAUGAAAGCAAACAAUAUUUAUUUUUCAGCACAGAAACAUAAAAAAACAUAUUAGAAUGACUUUAAUGUAUCUUUAAUUACUUUUAAUGAUAUUUAAUAGAGUUUAUUAUUUAUGGUAAAUGUGACGAAAUGUCAGUAUUUCAGCUCUCAGUAUUAUGAGACAAGCACUGUGACUGAUAAACAGAGGGUUAACUGUAGAUCAUGAUUAUGUCCCACUAAUAUACUGUGAGGUAUAGUAUGUACACCAGUGGGAUCUGUACACCAGUGGGAUCUGUACACCAGUGGGAUCUGUACACCAGUGGGGUCUGCACACAAGUUGGAUAUUUAUACCCGUGUGGUCUAUAUGUGAGUUUGGUCUGUAUACCAGAGUCUCUGUACACCAGUGGGAUCUGUACACCAGUGGGUUUGUAGGAUGUUGUGUAAGACAAAUUGGCUUGCAGUGUUUUGUCUAGUUACAGAAGCUACAUUUGCUGUCAAGAGUCGCCUACACUGAAUUUACUCAUGUUGUUCACAGGAUCACAUAUUUUUGUAAAAUUCAUUAUUAUAUUAUAUCUGAAAGGAAAUAUCUGUUGGUGUGCAGCAGCAUUGAAAGGGUUAACAGAUCUUGACAAAUCUUGGGAACCACAACUCAUGGCUGAUAAGUUCUUCAACAUCCUGCGCCACCCUAACAUGUAAUGCACUGUGCCCCUGCCUGUCUCACACCCUGUGCCACCCUAGCAUGUAAUGCACUGUGCCCCUGCCUCUCAUACACUUGUCUCACACCCUGUGCUACCCUAGCAUGUAAUGCACUGUGCCCCUGCCUCUCAUACACUUGUCUCACACCCUGUGCCACCCUAACAUGUAAUGCACUGUGCCCCUGCCUGUCUCACACCCUGCGCCACCCUAGCAUGUAAUGCACUGUGCCCCUGCCUCUCAUACACUUGUCUCACACCCUGUGCUACCCUAGCAUGUAAUGCACUGUGCCCCUGCCUCUCAUACACUUGUCUCACACCCUGUGCCACCCUAGCAUGUAAUGCACUGUGCCCCUGCCUCUCAUACAUUUGUCUCACACCCUGUGCCACCCUAGCAUGUAAUGCACUGUGCCCCUGCCUCUCAUACACUUGUCUCACACCCUGUGCCACCCUAGCAUGUAAUGCACUGUGCCCCUGCCUCUUACACACUUGUCUCACACCCUGUGCCACCCUAGCAUGUAAUGCACUGUGCCCCUGCCUCUCAUACACUUGUCUCACACCCUGUGCCACCUUAGCAUGUAAUGCACUAUGCCCCUGCCUCUCAUACACUUGUCUCACACUCUGUGCCACCCUAGCAUGUAAUGCACUGUGCCCCUGCCUCUCAUACACUUGUCUCACACCCUGUGCCACCCUAGCAUGUAAUGCACUGUGCCCCUGCCUCUCAUACACUUGUCUCACACCCUGUGCCACCCUAGCAUGUAAUGCACUGUGCCCCUGCCUCUCAUAUACUUGUCUCACACCCUGUGCCACCCUAGCAUGUAAUGCACUGUGCCCCUGCAUCUCAUACAUAUGUCUCACACCCUGUGCCAACCUAGCAUGUAAUGCACUGUGCCCCUGCCUCUUACACACUUGUCUCACACCCUGUGCCACCCUAGCAUGUAAUGCACUGUGCCCCUGCCUCUCAUACACUUGUCUCACACUCUGUGCCACCCUAGCAUGUAAUGCACUGUGCCCCUGCCUCUCAUACACUUGUCUCACACCCUGUGCCACCUUAGCAUGUAAUGAUCUAUGCCCCUGCCUCUCAUACACUUGUCUCACACUCUGUGCCACCCUAGCAUGUAAUGCACUGUGCCCCUGCCUCUCAUACACUUGUCUCACACCCUGUGCCACCCUAGCAUGUAAUGCACUGUGCCCCUGCCUCUCAUACACUUGUCUCACACCCUGUACCACCCUAGCAUGUAAUGCACUGUGCCCCUGCCUCUCAUACAUUUGUCUCACACCCUGUGCCACCCUAGCAUGUAAUGCACUGUGCCCCUGCCUCUCAUACAUUUGUCUCACACCCUGUGCCACCCUAGCAUGUAAUGCACUGUGCCCCUGCCUCUCAUAAACUUGUCUCACACCCUGUACCACCCUAGCAUGUAAUGCACUGUGCCCCUGCCUCUUACACACUUGUCUCACAUCCUGUGCCACCCUAGCAUGUAAUGCACUGUGCCCUGCCUCUCAUACACUUGUCUCACACCCUGUGCCACCCUAGCAUGUAAUGCUCUGUGCCCCUGCCUCUUACACACUUGUCUCACACCCUGUGCCACCCUAGCAUGUAAUGUGCUGUGCCUCUGCCUCUCACACACCCAGUACCACUCUUUAUCUUGCAUAACUAUCUCCCCUUGGCCUCAUGCACAUUCUGUCCACAAACAUCUAACUCCCCCAGUGCUUUUCCUUCUUGCAAACAAAAUGGAAAACCUUACCACCUGGAGUGCCCUGUGUACAGACACCCCACUGUGACCUGUGUACAGAUGACCCCUGCUGUGAACCCCUUUUACAUAGGACCCUCUGCUGUGACCCCCUGUGUACAGACCUCCUGCUGUGACCCCCUGUGUUAGGGUUGCCACCUGUCCCUUAAAAUACAGAACACUUAUAAGUUACACAUGUUGCAGGGUGUGCAGGGAGGAAUAUGAAUAGUGCUGUCCAGAAACACAAUACAUGUUCCUCCCUGCACACCCUGCAGCAUGUGUAACUCAUAAGUGUCCAGGAAAACAUGGCUGAGGUGGCAACCCUACCCUGUGUACAGACACCUUCCUGGUUUACUGAGGGCCCCCCGCUGUUACGCCCUCUGUACAGACAACAUCCCACUGUAACCCCCUGUUUACAGAGGACCCCCCGCUGUGAACCCAUUUUACAGAGGACCCCCGCUGUGAACCCAUUUUACAGAGGACCCUCCGCUGUGACCCCCUGUGUACAGAUCCCCUGCUGUGACUCCCUGUGUACAGACACCCCGCUGUGACCCCCUGUGUACAGACGACACCCCACUGUGACCCCCUGUUUACAGACAACUUCCCCUCUGUGACCCCCUGUGUACAGACAAUGCUCCGCUUUCACCCCCUGUUUACAGAGGAUCCUCCACUAUGACCCCCUAAGUGCAGACACCCACUGUGACCCCUUGUGUACAGACACCCUGCUCUAACCCCCUGUGUACAGACCCCCACUGGUACCCCCUGUGUACAGACACCCUGCUCUGACCCCCUGUGUACAGACCCCCACUGUUACCCCCUGUGUACAGACACCCUGCUGUGACCCCUUGUGUACAGACAAACUGCUGUGACCCCUUGUGUACAGACAAACUGCUGUGACCCCUUGUGUACAGACACCCUGCUGUGACCCCUUGUGUACAGACACCCUGCUGUGACCCCCUGUGUACAGACACCCUGCUGUGACCCCCUGUGUACAGACACCCUGCUAUGACCCCCUGUGUACAGACACCCUGCUGUGACCCCUUGUGUACAGACACCCUGCUGUGACCCCUUGUGUACAGACAAACUGCUGUGACCCCUUGUGUACAGACAAACUGCUGUGACCCCUUGUGUACAGACACCCUGCUGUGACCCCUUGUGUACAGACAAACUGCUGUGACCCCUGGUGUACAGACAAACUGCUGUGACCCCUUGUGUACAGACAAACUGCUGUUACCCCUGGUGUACAGACACCCUGCUGUGACCCCCUGUGUACAGACACCCUGCUAUGACCCCCUGUGUACAGACCCCCACUUUUACCCCUUGUGUACAGACACCCUGCUGUGAUCCCCUGUGUACAGACCCCCACUGUGACCCCCUGUGUACAGACAAACUGCUGUGACCUCUUGUGUACAGACAAACUGCUGUGACCCCCUGUGUACAGACACCCUGCUCUGACCCCAUGUGUACAGACACCCUGCUCCGACCCCCUGUGUACAUACACCCUGCUCUGACCCCCUGUGUACAGACCCCCACUGUGACCCCCUGUGUACAGACCCCCUGCUCUGACCCCCUGUGUACAGACAAACUGCUGUGACCCCUUGUGUACAGACACCCUGCUCUGACCCCCUGUGUACAGACCCCCACUGUUACCCCCUGUGUACAGACACCUUGCUGUGACCCCUUGUGUACAGACAAACUGCUGUGACCCCCUGUGUAGGAUUCUCAGUUUGGUCCCCCUUGUGCUGCAGAACCUGUAAUCUGUGUGUUACUUUAGCGUGUAGCACAUGAACUACUUAACUCUUACAUUGCCCUAGGCUUCCACUGACUCUCAGCCAUAUUUACAAUCUUCAUAUCAUUGAAAAGAUUUGUCACUUAACACUGAAACUUUCAUACAAAUCACAUGGUUUCCAUGCACUUUAUUUUUUAGUUUCUACAGAUGUUUUGUAUGAGAUGAUUUAUCGUCUGUCUCUGUGUUCAGAUCUGCUGAUCUCUGAAUGUAAAACUGUAACUGAGAUAAUAUUAAACACAUGAGAUUUUGCAGUA